AUGCGAAACCCAUUCAAGCCGAGAAAGGCGCCGGCGCAGACCUGGUCGGCCAAGAGGUCAUCCGUCCUCUCAGCCGACGACCCGGUCUUUGCGGGCCUCGACGAGACGGAACGCAAGAGCCUUGAAGCGACGCCGCCCAUCCAGCAUUCCCAACAAACGACAUCGCGUGACAUUCCCGGCGAGCAGCCUCUGAAGCACGCCGGAGGUGACGGGGCGGCUGCAUUGAGCGCGGGGCCGAGCUCUCACGACAGCAUCAGCACCGACUCCGGGCACGGGUUUGCCGCCGUCUCCGGGUCUUUUGCCGACGGUUCUCAUUCUGGCUCCUGA